GACACGUGCUGGAUCCGGCCGCUGGAGGUGGGGCAGAGCCAUGUCGUGAUCCUGGACGAGCGGGCCCAGCGCACCAUGACGGUGACGCCCAUCGACGCCCACCACUGCCCCGGCUCCGUCAUGUUCCUCUUCGAGGGGGACUUUGGGGUCGUGCUGUACACAGGUGAUUUUCGCUACACUCCGGCCAUGCUGAAGGAACCAGUCCUAAUGAACCAAAAACAAAUUGACGUUCUUUACUUGGACAACACGAACUGUGACCCGGCGCUGGUCCUGCCUUCCAGGGAGCAGGCCACCGAACAAAUAAAAGAGCUGAUCAAGGCCCACCCUAAGUACCAAGUCAAGAUUGGUAUCUACACUCUGGGGAAGGAGUCACUCCUAACUGAGUUGUCCCUGACGUUUAACACCUGGAUCGUGGUGAGCCCCGCGAGGCUGGCUGUGUUGGAGCUGUUGGAUAAACACCAUCCGUUCACCACUUGGGAAGAUUCUGGCUGGAUCCAUGUGGUGGAGCCCUCGGAAAUCCGCUGGAAGUCUGUGCGCCACUGGAACCAGCAGCGCCCCACGAUUGCCAUUCUCCCCACUGGGCGCCCGCUGAAGAGAACCCAUCCCAAUAUGCACAUCAUUCCCUAUUCUGACCACUCGUCCUUCUCAGAGCUGUGUGAAUUUGUCCAGUGGCUGAAACCCUGCUCAGUCAUCCCGAUAGUCAAGAGCAAGGCAUGUCAAGCUUACUUGGAGAAGUACCUGAACCCUAACCGCGAGGUGUUUCCUGUCCCCAGCGUCCUAGAGCCUUGGCAGGAUGUCACACCACUGACAGAUAGCAGGAGAGAGGAAAGGCUUAGGCAGCUGCUCAAAAUUACCGUACCUGCACGGCAACCUGGGCCGCUAGGGGUCAUCUUCGAGUCCCUAGAGGAAUGCCCUGACACGUCCAAGAGCUCAGGAGCUGCGCAGAGUCACGAGUUGAAGACCUCUGGGGAUAUGGAAGCUUACCAGCAAAAUUCUGAGCAAAUUGAGUGGUCUGCUACAAGUUGUCAGGGAGACUGCGUUUGCUGCCCUUGGUGUUGCACGGAAAGAAAGGAAACGGAAGAGACUUGCAGCAGUGACGGUGCCCAGGGACACCUUCUCUCAGCACAGUCUCCUACAUCAGCACCUGCCAAAGAACAGCUGGUAAGACCACUGGGCACCAGUGUCAAAGAAGGGAAAUCAGGCUUAGUAGAGUCACAUGGGAGUCCUUUAUCCAAGAACACUGAGACUGAGGGGACUUUGUUGAACAAGGAGCCUGACACUCCUUUGUACCAUGAUAUUCCAUGCCCAUCUAGGUGGGUAUACUAUGCCCCUUUACAGUUUGUACCUGCUCAGAAGGCAGAUACUCCCUCUUGCGAGCAGAGUUCACCCUCCUCAAAGGGAGAGGAAUUUCUUCCCCUAGAGGCGGCUGGUGACAGUAGCAGCCUGCCCAGCUUGUCACCUGUGUCCAGCAAACAAGUUACACGUAGCCUUGCAGAAGGGUGUUCGCUCGCGCCGUUAAAUACACUCGAGCAAUAUUCCGCACAGAGCUUUGACCAACUGGUGGAAAACUACUUGAGGAAGGGAGAAGGGCCCUAAGAAAUGGCUUGCCCGUUAGCACCAGCUGUCUAGCUAUGUCACGUGGCACACAAGAGUCCUGUCAUCAUGUCUGCCUUCUGCAGUCUGCUGAUGGGGUGGCUUUUGAACGUUUUGUUUUGUUUAGGAGGGUAAGGGGCGUUGAGCAGCAGUCUAGAUACCUUGUUUAUGAAUGUGUUUAUCUUGUGGUUAUUGGCCUCGGUAUUUGGGGGUAGAUUCUAAGUAAUGGGCUGUGACCCUGUGCAUUGCCCAGGGCUCCAGACUGGCACUCAGACUAGCACACUUGAUUACAGGAACAUGUUCUGUACUUGUUGCACCUUCCAUGCAAACCUGAUGUCAUUUCAGGGCAGAGGGGGUUGGAAUAGCCCAUUCUCAUAUGAGCAGUAGGGGGACAUGAGCUAUCCAGGACAGACCCUGGUAUCAGGGUUUCUGUGGGAUGAGG